UCAAGGGCGUAAUGGCGUAGGCUACAUUUUGGGAACUGUUGUGUCGAAUUGCUCCCUAAAUUCACCUUAAAACGACCAGGCUUUUGUAUUAUGCGAGAGAUACUAAAGAACACCAUCAAAUUUUGUUAGUUUAGCAGGACUGUAGACAAAAAUGGCUACCUCAUUGCAAGGCAUCGUGAGGGUCCUGUGCCGUCUGUCGCCAUCAAUUUUACAUCCAAUACGACAAUAUCAGUCCUGUCUUCACAGGUUACCUGCAAGAACAUGUCCAGAUCUCUCUGCAUUUGCACCUCCACGUCACUCUCUCUGCCAGGCAGUGUCACUCCAGGAUGAGGAUGCUGCUCGGGCUGCUGAACCUCUCAUUCGCUACAAAGACAGACCCUGGGAUUACUUGGAGAGUGAAGAGUACAUUGAGAGGUAUGGAACCAAUCCAGUGUGGGCAGGCUACAGGAGGAACCACAAAGGAGGCAUUCCCCCACAGAAGACACGCAAAACCUGCAUUAGAGGAGACAAGAUAUGUGGAAACCCAUGUCCAAUUUGUCGGGAUCCAAACGUUAUUGUCCAUCAUCAGAAUGUGAAAUUGUUGCAGCAGUUCAUCAGUCCCCACACAGGAAUGGUGUAUGAUCCCACUAGAACUGGUGUGUGUAUGAAACAGCAGAAGAAACUAAAUGAGGCAAUCGACACAGCACGAGACCACGGCUUGCUUCCCUUUCAAAUACCAUAUGUGGAAUUCUCAGUAGAAGACUACUCCAAUUCCCAUGAUGCUGUGGGGUCCACACCACCUCCCCCAUCCUUAACCUCUGGUGACACCUGGUAUAAAUGGUACAGUGAGAUAUCACCUGAUCAGAACGAAGUGGCUAAAGUCAAGAAGAUGUACAAGGCUUACCUGAAGAAGGGACUACAGACUCAGUCCUGUUGAUCAUGCUGUGAUGGUGAUGUCAUUAAUGGAAUAACUGUACACAUUUGUUAAACAUGUAUAUCAGAUCAUAUAAACCUGUUUAUAUGAUGUUGAAUCAUGCACAUAAAGACUGCACAGUGAAACAAAAUGAAAAA